UUAUGAAUAUUUUAUUGCAUAAUUUGGAGUUGAAGUUAACUAGAGAAGGUUCGCAAAUAACUCCACAUCUUCGAUACAAUCAUCCAAGUAAAUGGGGAAAUAGGCAUUCUCUUAGGAGAGGACAGAAAACAACUGCGGAUAUUGUAAAGCUUUUUGGUAAAAAUAAAAACGGAACUUGUUAG